GCAAAUUAAAAACUGUGCAACGAAAAGAAUUUUCAUCUUAAAUUUUGUUGAAAAUGUUAUAUGAGAUUUUUAGCUAACUAUCCAAUCCACCCCAGAAGGCAUGGCGCUGAAGCUCAAUGCUUCGGCUGUGUACUCACUGCAGAGCCUUCAGUUACGCCACAGAACUCAGAGCUGCUUAUGGAGUUUCAAACCUAAUCGAUUGUAUCCGAAUGCUUGAAGAAUUUCGUGCAGUAUGGAUAUGGCUGCUAACCAGCCAUGUGAUCCUAAGAAAUUGAGUAUCAGUCAUAUUGUGGACACGGCAACAAGUCUGUGGAAUACUACUCCUCGGCCGCUCAAGACCUUUCCCUGGAACAAGACGUUAAAUCACUUCAUCCAACUCGUUGUCGACCUUGUGUUAGCAGUUAUCAGAUUCCUAGCCAUUCCUGUGUUUUGUACAACAUCAAUCACUGAAAUGUCUUAUUGUGCACAUGAAAGGAAGCUGUACCUUAUCCCACUUCCGUUUCUAGUUGGUGUCGCUGUAGCUGGGGUGCUACACAAUGCUGCUUUGGAGUCGUCUUCGUAUCUCAAGUACGCAGAAGUCCCAUGGCAUCUGAUUGCUCUUCUAACAUCCUUUGCACUGCUCAAGUUUCCUGGUCCUUAUUACCCAUAUUGGGGCCGUAUAUUCAUUCCUCACAUGGCAAACGGAGCAAUUUUGAGGACCUUGUGGCUCUUGUUUCUAUGGUUCCAAAAGCCCCAAAAGCCACCAGAAAAUAACCACGUUGAUUCCGUAGCCGACAGUCCUAAAAUAGACAUGGUCUCGUAGCAUCAUAAACCCUCAGCAGGUUUGAAGGCAUGGACAAAUCUUGAUUUAUUUCUGGAUCUGUACACAGGUGUAGAUGCAGUUUAGCACUUCGGCCAUCAGCUCAACUAUUUGGAAGAGGUUUAGGUUGUUAAUUGCAAAACAAAUGUUUGAUAUAAGACUAUAAGAGAAGAUAAUGAUGAAGACUCUCUCUACUCUCUCACUAUACUCGAAUGAAAUGCCAAAUAUCUACAACU